AUGAAUUAAAGAAAUAAAAUUUAAGGUUGUUGUUCUAACUUAUCCUUACCAUAAUUAACUAAAAAAACUGAUGAAAAUUGCGCAAAAACCCUUAAGUAAAUAACUCCUACCAACACCUUAAAAAAAAUUGGUGAUUUUUAAGGUUGUGGAAGGUCGACCUCUUAAUUAAAUAAUGCAAUUUUGAAUAACUUGUAUGAUUAAGCUUCUUAAAAAUCCAAAGUAGGUGACAAACCAAGAAAAGACAUGUGUAGUAGAGCACAUACUAUAUAUCAAUAAUAAUAAAAUGACGAUUAAUUAAGAAAAUAAAUUUAAUAUAAUGAUUAUUUUAUCGGAGGAAUUAAGGAAAUUUUAGGUAAAGAAAUAUGCGCUUAAAAUUUAAAAUAAAUGUGUAUAGAUUAACUAAACCAAAUCUACAAAAAUGUAACUUGCAAAGACUAAACCUUUAUUUCUAAGAAGUAAUUACCUAAUAUUGUUCUAACUAAAAAAUAUUCGAUUGCUAUUGAUCUAGAUGAAACACUUGUGCAUUCGGAGGAGUUAAAACCAAAUAGAAGAUACGAUUUUUAAAACCUCCAAUUUGGUACCUUUAUCAGACCUUAUUGCUUAUAGUUUUUAUAACUGUUAAACAAACAUGCUAAUUUAUUCGUUUUUACUUCAUCCAAUAUUAAAUAUGCAACAACUAUUAUGCAAAUCCUAGACCCUUAAAAGGACCUUUUUCAAGGACUCUUCUUUCGAGAUCAUUGUACAAUCUUACAGGAUAAUUCUUAAGUGAAAGAUAUCAAAAUAAUUAGUAGUGACUUAACCAAAAUUAUCCUAAUUGAUAAUAAUCCCUAAUGCUUUAUUCCUGAACCUUUUAAUGGUAUACCUAUUGUACCCUUUCUUGAUAAUAAAGCUGAUAAGGAACUUUUAAUUUUGUCUUAAUUUAUAGAACGAGAAAUUUUCACUUCUGAAGAUGUGCAGCAUGUUAUCAAGAGAUUCUUUUAAUUCUAGUAGUUUAGAUAAUUUGAGAAUGGAAUGUAAGCUUAUUAGAUUCUCUAUAAUUGA